CGCGCGCCGGCUGGCUCGCGGGCUCCGCCGGGAGGGCGCCCAUUGCGGAGCUGGAGGGUGCCGGCUCCGCCGCCCCGAUGAGCUCCACCAACCCACCGGCACCCGCGGGCGGCGGCGGCGGCCGGCUCAGGCAGCUCCUCUGGCCGCCGCCGCCGCCGCUGCUGCUGCUCCUGCUGUUGCUCCCGCCGUCGGCUCAGGCGGAUGUCGCCCUGACCGUCCCCGCCACGCCGGCCGGACGCUGCCCGUCGGGGGACAAGCGAGACAGCCCGGCCAAGGCUUCCGCUGAGAGGCGCCCGCUGGGAACCGAUUUUUGCCAUUUACUGAGCCCGCCCUGUUUCACGGAGGAAGAUAAAUACAGUCUGGAAGCCCUCUGUACAAUUCAUAAACAGAUGGAUGAUGACAAAGACGGUGGCAUUGAAGUAGAGGAAAGCGAUGAGUUUAUCAGAGAAGAUAUGAAAUAUAAAGAUGCGUCUAAUAAACACAGCCACUUGCACAGAGAAGACAAGCACAUCACCAUUGAGGAUUUGUGGAAACGGUGGAAAACGUCAGAGGUUCACAACUGGACGCAAGAAGAGACGCUUCAAUGGCUGGUGGAGUUUGUCGAACUUCCUCAGUAUGAGAAGAAUUUCCGAGAAAAUAAUGUCAAAGGAACAACGUUGCCAAGGAUAGCAGUUAAUGAACUUGCAUUUAUGAUCUCUCAGUUGAAAAUUAUCGAUCGGAGCCACAGGCAGAAACUUCAGCUGAAGGCCUUGGAUGUCGUUUUAUUUGGACCUCUUACACGCCCACCCCACAAUUGGAUGAAAGAUUUUGUACUCACAAUCUCCAUAAUGAUUGGUAUCGGAGGGUGCUGGUUUGCUUAUACACAGAACAGGACUUCAAAAGAACACGUUACCAAAAUGAUGAAAGACCUGGAAAGCCUCCAGACCGCGGAACAGAGUCUUUGUGAAUUGCAAGAAAGGCUUGAAAAAGCACAGGAGGAGAAUCGAACCGUCGCCGUAGAAAAACAGAACUUAGAACGCAAGAUGAUGGAUGAAAUCAGCGAUGCAAAACGGGAAGCCUGCCGACUCAAAGAAUUGAGAGAAGGAGCCGAGUGUGAACUCAGCAGACUUAAAUACGCAGAAGAGGAGCUGGUGCAGGUCCGUAUGGCUUUAAAAAAAGCCGAGAAGGAGUUCGAACUGCGAAGCAAUUGGUCUGUUCCAGACGCGCUGCAGAAAUGGCUGCAGCUCACACACGAAGUGGAAGUCCAGUACUACAACAUUAAGAGACAAAAUGCAGAAAUGCAGCUAGCCAUUGCCAAGGAAGAGGCAGAAAAAAUUAAAAAGAAGAGAAAUACUGUAUUUGGAACGUUACAUGUUGCACACAGUUCUUCACUCGAUGAAGUGGACCACAAGAUUCUGGAAGCAAAGAAAGCACUUUCUGAAUUAACCACUUGCUUGAGAGAGAGACUCUACCGAUGGCAGCAGAUUGAGAAGAUCUGUGGCUUUCAAAUAGCCUACAACUCAGGACUGCCCAGUCUGACCUCCUCCCUCUACUCUGAUCACAGUUGGGUAGUCAUGCCACGAGUUUCCAUUCCGCCCUACCCAAUCGCGGGGGGAGUCGACGACCUCGAUGAAGAUACCCCUCCCAUUAUUUCCCAGUUUCAUGGGUCUGUUGUGAAAACCACCACCUUAGCAAGGAGCAGCAGCGUGUACCGCUCCAGGCGAAAUGUUGUGCCAUCAUCGCCUCAGUUGCAACACACAGCACAAACACAACCCACUGCGCACACACCAGCCACCCUGCAAUCUGCAGACCCAGACCUCCUUUCGGUGUCCAGUUGUCCUGCUGUUUACCGUACGGAAGAGGAGGAGGAGGCGAUUUACUUCACUGCUGACAAGCAAUGGGAAGCUCAGGAUGCAGGUUCCGAAUGCGACUCCUUCAAUUCUUCCACCGGAAGGAAGCAGUCUCCUCCUUCAAGCCUUGACAUCUAUCAACCCCUGUCACCUCAAAAGACGUCCCAGGAAGAUGUCUCCUUAGAACAGUCCUCUACCGGAGACUCUUCCUCCCUCACCGCCGAUAUUUCCAGGGGUUCGCCGGACUGCGUGGGGCUGACAGAAACUAAAAGUAUGAUCUUCAGUCCCGCGAGCAAGGUGUACAACGGCAUUCUGGAGAAGUCCUGCAGCAUGAACCAGCUCUCCAGCACCGCUCCUAUCCCUAAGCCUCGGCACACCUCGUGUUCUUCCACCAGCAGUGAAAGCCGAGCCGGGCACGAACCUUCUCCCGUCUCCCGGAUCAGUAGCGUUUCACACGACCUGUAUCAGAACGGAGAGCGAAGCAAAAAAUCGUCCAAAAUCAAGAGCCUUUUCAAGAAGAAGCCCAAAAGCUAUGGCAUUGUGGACUGGACACGGGGCAACUUUUGAAUGAAGUACAACGACUUAAAUUGCACUACUGUUCUCCUGACUGGAAAGUUAUCUUUGCAAGCGAAACGGUUUUAAACUCGUCAAAAUAAAAGAAAAAGAUGGGCUGGUUCAGCAGUUGGGGUUUUUUUUUUUAAGGUGGUUUCUAUGUAAAAGCUAGCAUUUCUAACCGUUGAUUUUUGGAACUGGAACCUCAUUUUAAAAUGCAUUUAAUUAACCUAACGGAUUGGCUCCUGUUGUAAAGAUAAUCCAGAGACUUCACUAUGAUCUUAUGGCAUUGCACAGGCUGACUGGGUGGAAAUGUAUGUCGAGAGAAGGAGCUUCUGAUUCCAUAUCCAAGUGGUAAAAUGUCGGUCUUUUUACCAGGAUGGACUUUCUCAGAUAUUCACAAAGUUUAAACCUGGGUGAGGGAGAAAUGUGGGCGCUUGUUUACAAACUUUGACGGUGAGAAGAUGGUUGAUUUGUGAAUAUUUGUACUGUGGCAAAGAUAAUAAAUUGAAAAUCCUAUUGUGCCAUGA